AUGUCUAUAUCUCAAGCAUCCAAGAACUUGGUCAGCGUAGCAUCAAAUGCAGGUCCAUCUCGGUCCCUUGAGAGACCGCGAGAAGCUGCUUCUGAACAUAGAGAAAACCCACCCACUCCGCUAAGAGCGAUCACCAGCGCUUCGGGUUUCGUCUUCCCGGCCAUAUGGUCUUUUCCCCCCUUCUUCACUCUUCAGCCGAAUCCAUCUACCCUCUCACAUCAAUUGACAUUGUGGACGAACCUUGUUCUCUCAUGGGCUGCGCAUGAGAGAAUGUUCAUGCUGAAUUGCGAUUCCCCGGAACCUGGACAGGUAUUUCACAACAAGUCAAUUAAGCGGAAACUCUUGCCCGGUUCCAUGCGGACGCUACUAUCGCACAUGGCUCAAGAAGGUCACGCGGCCCUCGAUCCACCGAAACAAUCGCCUCCAACUACGUACCUCAUCUACUGGCGUAAACCUGACGAAUGGGGUCAAAUGAUCUACGACUGGGUUAUGGAUCAUGGUCUCGCCACGAGCAUCAUGACGUUUUAUGAGAUAACAGAUGGUGAUAUGUCAGAGACGACUGACUUUCGCGAGAUGCCUGUUCCACUCCUACGGAAAUCAUUGGAAACGCUGGUCAAGAAGGGCAGAGCGCAGAUCAUUCGUGGAGAGGGGGACUCGGGAGAUGGAGCUAGAUUCUUCUGA